AUGUCUGGGGCGGAGGUGAUUGCCGUUGUAGCCUGUGUCGCAGCUAUCGUCUCCGCCUAUCGCGAUGGCAGCGAGCUCUAUCGCUCUAUCAAGAAAAAAUGGGAUCGUCGACAUCCGAGAGAAGAGGCAUCAUCCAAUGAUCUCGAACGCUCACUGGACCGCGGACAGAACGAGAUUCUCGCACACUGGAAUGACCAUGUCUCGAGACUCGGGCGACGGUACGAGGAAGGGGAUACUAUAUCCAGAGAGCAGAUGAAAGACAUCGUGAUCACUCUGCAGGGGAUGCUGUUGACGCAUCUAAGUCGGGCGGUGGACCAACGUGUUAGUCUGGAUGUCAUGGCUGUCUUGUCAGCAUCAGAUUAUGGUCGGAGCUGUACUAUCUCCGUACUUCAUGAGCUGUAUCAGCGUAUCGCGCAGUCGGCGCCAGUUCCGUGGCCUGUCGGCGUCGGGUCGGUGUAUGCUACUGUGGAUCCCACUUCAACUAUUGGGUAUUAUAUCCAGCUGUUGGAGCAGGGACGCUCGUUGUCGCGGACCAGGGAGUCGAGCAGUUUCGGCGGGUUUGUCGUUACGCCCCCGACGGUUUUUCCUGGGCAGCUAUCGGGGUCGCCGACGGAGAUGCUUGGUUUGUAUAAACCAGAUGAACGCUGUAGUCCGCCGCAGCGGGAGAGGAAGUCUUCCGGAUUGGGAACUGCUAUCAGCUCGCUUUGGAGUCAUCGGUCAAAGCGUGGAAGUGGUAGCCGGGCCUCUAACGGGUCGUCUGUAGCUUCAACAGCGGACCUGGAGUACCUGGCUCGCUCUGCUGUGCCUGUUCCACGAUGCUCGAACUCCAAGAUGAUACUCACAGAGCCGGCAACAGACGCAAAUCCUCGGCCCCAGCAACCCUCCAAAACCAAGGAACCUCGCCGUCGCUCUGAGAAAGAAGAAAUCACUCGCAGAAUGACCCGCAAGCUGAUGCGAAACCCGUGGACAAACGAUGGGAGGUCCGAGUGUGCCACGGACUCUGAUUCUGAUCUGUCGGACGAGACGAUCUCCCCUACAGAGGAAGUGCCCAAGCCCGCCAGCCGAGAAAAUACACACCUAGUGGUCUCAGAGAUCAUAAAUCAACCUUCACCCGCGCCAGGCCAGCCAGCCGCUCCAUCAGUGAUGUCGGAUGACACCACACACUCAACCGCCCUCACAGUCCUCCCCUCCAGUCUACCCGGGGGGCAAUACUGGCCGCCAAGCAAAGAAAACGGGUACUCCGGAUUUUGCAAAGGCGCGUGGAAACUCAGCUCCGGCCUUGGCGGCUUCAAAAUUUACUCCGAGCCAAUUGGCUACUACCUCCUCAUGUCCAAGUGGCGUUGCUACCGCUGCUACUUUGGCAUGCCACUGGCGCCCGGUAGCAAGCGACAUGAUGUGCGCUUUGACCAACAAAUAUACCUCCACGAGGCCACGGGAAUCCGGUACCGCUGGUCAUUCUUGGCGAAGUCUCAUCUCGCGUAUACGAAGCCCGGCGUCUCGGCACCGACGCAUGUCAACGGCACAUUUGGGUGUAUAUUUUGUUGUGCAGAGCUUGAUGUUGUUGCACCAACGCUAAAUUCUUUGGAUGAGUUCAUGGCGCAUCUUGGGGAGCAGCAUCGUAGUGUGGAUUUAGCGUUGUUGGAGCGGACCCGCUGUGUUGUGGGGAGGGAUGCCUCGGUUGAGGAAGCGUUUGAUAUUAAUAUCCCACCAGGUCGGGCGUCCACUAGUGAGUGA